GAGGUCAUGCUCUGGAGCCCUCUGAGUCAUUCGCAGCUGCGCUGCAGCCGCUGGGAAGCUAGCGGCCUCCCAGCGGGAGGACCCAGGCAAACGCCGCGCGGUCCCACAAUGCCCCGCUCGCGCCACCCUGAGGGCGGAGAGAAGAGACCGCUGCCGGGGUAGGUAUCCGCGGAGAGCGCCGAGAAGUGAGCAUGCGCACUGACCCCGGCGGGCCCUAGCAACCAGAGCAGUGACAGUAGCAACCGCCGGAAUGGCAAAAGCAACAACAAUCAAAGAAGCCCUAGCCCGAUGGGAAGAGAAAACCAGUCAGAAGCCAUCCGAAGCCAGAGAGAUAAAGCUGUAUGCCCAGAUUCCGCCUAUAGAGAAGAUGGAUGCAUCCCUGUCCACACUUUCUAACUGCGAGAAGCUUUCACUGUCUACAAACUGCAUUGAAAAAAUUGCAAACCUGAAUGGCUUAAAAAACUUGAGAAUAUUGUCUUUAGGAAGAAACAAUAUAAAGAACUUAAAUGGACUGGAAGCAGUAGGGGACACGUUAGAAGAACUGUGGAUCUCCUACAAUUUUAUUGAGAAGUUGAAAGGGAUCCAUGUCAUGAAGAAAUUGAAGAUUCUCUACAUGUCUAAUAACCUGGUGAAAGACUGGGCUGAAUUCGUGAAGCUGGCAGAACUGCCAUGCCUAGAAGACCUGGUGUUUGUAGGCAAUCCCUUGGAAGAGAAACAUUCUACUGAGGGGAACUGGAUUGAAGAGGCAACCAAGAGAGUGCCCAAACUGAAAAAGCUAGAUGGUACCCCAGUAAUUAAAGAGGAUGAAGAAGAAGAUAACUAACCCACAUUUCCCACUCUGAGUUAACUUAUUUACCUGUCAUAAGAACAAUAGAUAAGUUUUGUAUAUUUGUCUAUUUCAAAGAUUCUGUUUGGGGCACGUGGUUCUUAAAACAAAUCUCUCAUUCCUAUCUUUUUUUCUCUUAACCUAUUCAGUGUUUCUCCCCCAGAAUGAUAAUACCAACUUUAUACAUUCUAGUUCUCUUUUUAGAAACUACAAAUUUUCAAUUUUUGUCUUCAGUCCCAGUUAUGUACUGCGUGACCCCAUCUACUGAAACCUUUAUAGACCAGUCAUUUUUAACAACAGACGAACAAAUGUGGUUCUUUAUUCAGUUUCUUUAGUUUUUUUGCUUUUUUGUUUUUGUUUUUCUUAGGCCAGGUAUUUAAAUAUAUAUACUUAACUUUUGAAUCUGUCGACCAUCUUUCCUGAAAGUUCAUCUGUUUAUGGCUCAGAAGCACAAAUGUGUCAUGCCUUUGGUUUGGGAAGAGUUGCUCUUAGAAAUAUAACAGCAGCCCUAGAAUCAAGACUCCAAAGUCCAACUGGAAAAGCUAUGGUGAAAAAAGGAAAAAUUAGUACCUUGGAGGCCUUAUAGCCCAUGUUCUAUUUACUUACUUGUUGUUCCAAAAGUGUGUGAAUUGUCAGCUGGAAUUUAUGUUGUGUUUGCCUGUGUGUCCACUCAAGUCCUGCACACAGUCAGCCAGUCACUCCGUAAUCAAGGUCAGUGAUUAAAAUGACUGUUAUGAUCACUCCUUUGACCAAUACUUUGGCCUUAUUACACAUGUGGACCUGAUCUUAGGCACACUUUUUGGUUUAUAGUUCCUUAUAUCAAUAUAUUACAUAAGUAAAUAUAUAUAAGCAGUAGUUAUAUUUGAAUUCCUAACCUAAAUGUUGGCCAUUCAUAUUUCUUAAAAUUUGCCCUAAUAACUUUGUUCUGUUGAUCCUCAUGUUGAGAGAAGUGAUUGUUGUAAUUGGUGAAGUGAUUGGUGUAGAACUUAAAAGACUGGAUUUGGUACCUUUCAAUAAGUGAAAUUUAGCACUUCAAAAUAUAUUUUUUAUGAAAGUUGAAGUUAAACAGCUCUUAAAAUGAAUUAUGUAAAUUGUUGUGGAGGGAAAAGAGCUGUUUCAUCAUGGAAUCCCAGGCAAACGGCAAUAUUUUUGAGGAUUGCCCCUUCUGUGGAGCAUAACAGGUGAUUUAACCUCAGAAUUGCAAAGCAAUAGUUGGAUGCAGAGUUGAGAAUUUAUCAUAUAAGAAAAAAUUUUUUUUGGAAAAUGCAAGAUAUGGUAGUCAGUAACCAGAUGAAGUCCAUGGUAGGCUGUGACUGAGUCACUGAUAGAUUGCAAAAAAGAAGUCAGAGGCCCUCUGCCAAAUUGUGCCUAAAGUCCCUCAACCAGAGACUAUUGGUUCCUAUUUCCCCGCUUACUUGGGUAAAACCAGUCAAAGAGGGAAGAGUCAUUUUUAAAAAGUGAUUGCAUAAGUAGUCCUGGCUUUUGGAAGUUUUCAGGUAUCAUUUAAGUAGGAAUUACAUGAUUUCUCUGAGUCACUCUGAUCAAAAGGGACCACUGCUUUGACAAUCAAUUCUAAAUAAAGGUCCAAUACUUUUUUUAGCUUCCUUUUGCUCUUCCUUACAGUCUGAUAGGAAGAAAUCUUUACUCUGACUGGCUUAUACAUUCAAAGCCUUUGAGUAUUUCUUUUGUGAACCACAGGCAAUGAGGAUUUCCCUUGGUGAUGUUUAAACUAAGAGAGAGGACGAUCUCCUUUUCUUGUACUUUGCACUUCAUCUAGUAGGUAAGCUUGAAGCCAUAUUGCUAGGUAUGGGUGUAUGUUCUAAAAGUUACUCUGGAAGUGAAUAUAAUAGGGAAUGAAUGAAUGACUUCAUAUUGAAUUUAUUUAUAAAAUGGCUUACAGUGUCGCUGUUUGGUUUUUCUGAAUUCUGUAAUAUAGACUAAUUUUCUCUGCUUCUCCUUAUUUCUUAAUGUCUCUUAAUCACUGGUAGUUCUCAGAGAGGUGUAAGGUGCUUUUCUGUGUCCAUUUCACACAAAAUUCGUAAUUCAGUUCCACUCAACAAAUAUUUGAAUGACUUCUAUGCGUCCUUUUCUUGGAAUUAAAACCAGAAUCCAUGCCAUUAGAAAAUGGAAGAUAAGGUGUAUGAAGAAGUUCAGAAUAUUUUCUCGAAUCAUUCCUUAAAGCAUCCUUUACUGCUGCAAAUUUAGCUGAUAUUAAGUGCUUUUGGUUUAUGCUUCUUGGAUUAGACAUUUGACCUACUUGGAAUGGAUUCUCUCUGUGCUCCUUGUUUAAAGCAUUAUGCCAUUUUAGUGGACCAUUCCAUUUCUUCUAUUCUUAUAAUGAUGGAAUCAUUACAGUAUUUUAAUUUUUCACAGGAAAUUUUAUUUUAGUCUACUAAGGAAUUCAGCUUUCCUAUGUUCCCUAACUCUAAGCUAUGGCUGUGUUACCUAGUCAGGCCUUGAAAGAUUUUUGUGUUCUCUGUAAAUAGGAGUUUGUUCCUUUAAACCAGAGUUUCUCCACCUUGGCACUAUUAAUAUUUUAGGCUGGAUAAUGUUAGGGGCUGGGGUGCUCUCCUUUGUAGUAUUGGAUGUUUAGCAGCAUCUCUGGCUUUUACACAACUAGAUGCCUGUAGAACCCUCUCCCAAGUUGUGCCAGCCAGAAGUGUCUUCAGACAUUGCCAUCUGUCCUCUGGGACAGAGGGUGGGAACAAAUUUGCCCCUGGUUAAGAACUAGUGCUUUGUAGCAACAUUCCUUUUUGCAAGGUCCACUUAUUUUCACUCUGUAGCCAUAUGCUACCUGAGUUGUUAUUUGAGAGAAGGUGAUGUAUUUAAUAAUCAUGGGUGGAAGGAAAUGGUCACUGGUGUUUUCCUUUGUAAUGCUCAUUUUAAUAAUUUUCAUAUAACAUUAGAAACUCAGGGCUGGAAGGUUCAACUUAUGUUUUUCAGCAGGGCCUCAGCUUUUAUUGUUUAGCAUUCUUACUUAUCUUCGGACAGUAAUUAUUAACCUACCUCUCUCCUACUAUCAACAGAAUCCAACUUUAUGAUAGAUUUUGCUUUGUCUUUAAAGUUUAACAUUUUAAGUGCACUUCAGAAAAUGGAUCAUCAUCCUUUAGGUGUUUGUUCAUUCAUUGUCCAAUAAUGCACAAAUUUUGUAGACUGUAGCAGUCAUUAAAUACAGAAAAAUGUUGUAUAAAAUUUGGUAAUCAUAUAUGAAAAUAGCUGGUGUAGACACUGAUUUUGCAUGUGAUCAGAAGAAUGUCUGGUCAUGAUAACUGGCCAGUAACUUGGUAUGGUUACUGGAUCUAUUCCACAAAUAGAGGUGGUAUAAGACACGUAAAUGUGGUUACUGUAUAGAAAGAGAAAUGUUGACUUGAAUAGAUGCUUCUUUUGAUACCUCUUGCAGGUGGUCUGAAGUAGAAUGAGGAGGAGUAAGAGAAGAAUCUUAACUGUUAACUUAUUCUCAGAGUUGGUGAUGUGUAAGUAGAGUCGAAGGUAGUUAUCUAUGUUAUCCAGAAUCUUCCAGCUGGAUUUUUCUUAGGACUAAAUGGAAAAAGUGUAGGGCCUAGAAAGGUUGGACUAAAUCAUUAACUUUAAAAAAUUGAGGGGAAGUGUCAAAGCACCAAUCAUGAAUAGUGUGAUUGUUUCUCUAACUGCAGUCUGAUUGUCUGUUUACAAAGACCUUACAUUGUAAGUAUUGGUAAAGGAGGAAAAAAUAACUGCUAAACUGAAAGUUAUCCUUUACCAGAAAUUAAUUCUUUUGGCACACAUUUUCUUUAUUUGGGCUGCUUAAUGUGUCUGUAAAUAAUUAAAUAUAAAACAAGACUCAGUAUAGUAGAGUUGGUGCUUCUGACACAGCUAACUUGACCAUAUUCCUUAAUCUUUACUUUAGCAUGAGUGUUUUUAACUAUAAAGUAAGUGCAAUAAAAAAAAAAUCAAGGGUAUGUUUUUUAAAAAUCACUGAACUUUUAGAAAUCCCUCAUCUAUAUCUCUAUUCCCGCCUUUUUAUUGACCAGUGACUGCAAAGAAAAAAAACUGAAAAACGAGGCUGUCUUACCUUUUUCUAACCUAAGAUAAAUUUUCACUUGACAUUUGGAGAAGUCAUAACUGGAUUCUAGUUAAUUUCCCAUAUUGGGCAGGUUAGAAGGGAAGCAGCCAACCAAAUUAUGAUCUAGCAAAUUUAACAAGGGGGUGGGGGAGAGUAAGCUAUUUUUCAGUAGAUUUGCACUUUAAAAUAAACUGGAUGUUGGUGGAAAGUACUCUCAAAGGGCAGAUGGGUAAAUACCUAGCCUGCAUGUGGAUAUUAGAGGAAUCAAACCUCAUCCUUGCUCGUUCUAAGCCCAGCCCACCUGAGCAGUAGUUCUGUGGCAACAUAAUCAGAGUCAGGUUUUCCCUAUUUCCCUGCUUGGUGUCAUCUUCCAUGUCUGCCACAUCAACAGUCCUCCCUCUGGGGGAUAUAUCAAGUAGAAUCUCCAACUCAGAAUAGAAACUUGGUGAGUUAUCUUUCCUUACGUCUAGAUUUUUAAAAUUAAUUUAGAUGUUGGCCAGAUUAAGUUGUGGCUAAUGUUACAAGGGUAGGAAGUUCUUUGCUUCUUUGAUCAGCAGGGUACCUGCCUCUGAGGUGCUAUUGCCUAGAGGGAUCAAUCCCAUCAAAAGACUGGUGAGUUGGUAGCUGUAGAGAAUACAUAUGGCCAGCCACUUCUCCCAGGGUGUCAGUCAUGAUCACGAGCAUCAUUCCAGAAUCUUUGGUUUCUAGAACCAACUCCAUUCUGAAGAACAUUUUAACAUCUAUUAACACUUUGGUAAUAAUCUUUUAUAUGCAGGAAUUUUGUAGCAUGACUUU